GGAAUGAUAACGACCGACGGCGUGAGAUGGGCAGGCGUUGACAUCAGCUUUAACUUCCCCCGGUGGCGGCUCCGCUUCGAAAUGUGAUGAACCUUCUCUGGCGUUUCUCCCUGUGGAGCCUUUCUUUUUUUCCGGAGCCUCAACUUUUCUGGCGUGUCAUCAUUUGUGGAGUUAGCGCGGCAGAGUCAUCCGAGGCGAGCAGAGCUGCCUGAUAUAUGGGUCCUGUGAAACAGCGGCAGCAGCAGCCCAGGAAAUGCAGCGUUUCUCCACUGAUUUAGCGGGACCGAGCGAGUAGAAAUGUGCGGGAGCGAACGGCGAGCCUCGGGACGUUUGCGGGCUAAUUCAGCUGCUUCUCAUCAGCAUGAUGCUUUCUCCUCUCUCUCUGUCUCAGGAUGAGUUCCAUCCGUUCAUUGAGGCUCUGCUGCCCCAGGUCCGUGCCUUUGCCUACACAUGGUUUAACCUCCAGGCCAGGAAGAGGAAGUACUUCAAAAAACAUGAGAAAAGGAUGACCAAAGAAGAAGAGAGAGCCGUCAAAGACGAGCUGUUGGGGGAGAAGGCAGAGGUGAAGCAGAAGUGGGCCAGCCGCCUUCUGGCCAAGCUCAGAAAGGACAUCAGACCUGAAUGCAGAGAAGACUUUGUCCUGUCCAUCACUGGGAAGAAAGCUGCGUGCUGUGUCCUGUCAAACCCGGACCAGAAAGGCAAAAUGAGACGCAUAGACUGUCUCCGACAAGCUGACAAGGUGUGGCGGCUGGAUCUGGUGAUGGUCAUCCUGUUCAAAGGAAUCCCGUUGGAGAGCACCGACGGAGAGCGGCUGGUGAAGGGAGGCCAGUGCUCCAACCCAGUGCUCUGUGUCCAGCCGCGACACAUCUCGGUCUCCGUCAAAGAGCUUGACCUCUACCUCGCUUACUACGUACAGGAGAGAGAGGCAGAGCAGAGCAGCAGUCCCAGUCGUACAGGAGUGGGUUCUGAUCAGGAGGACAGUCGCACCGCCACCAUGGAUGGUCCAGAGUUCCAGGAGAGUUUUGUGACUUCAGGAGUUUUCAGUGUCACCGAGCUGGUCCAGGUCUCAAGAACUCCAGUCGUCACAGGAGUAGGACCCAGUUUCUCCAUGGGGGAGCUCCAGGGUCAUCUGGCCUACGACCUCAACCAGUCUGCCAACCAGCCAGUCAGCCUGAGACGAUCACUGGCUAGCACCUCAUCCAGCGGGAGUAAGCGACAUAAGUCUGGCUCUAUGGAGGAGGAGGCAGACAGUCCAGGAGGGGAGUAUUACCACUCACCGUCCUCUCCUGCCAGCAGCUCCAGGAACUGGACUGACGACAUGGAAGGAGGUCUGUCUCCUCCAGUGAAGAAGGCAGAGCUGGACAGUCCCUCUCCCCAGGAAGACUCACCAAGACUGGGCUCCUUCACUCAGCACCACCGGCCAGUCAUAGCUGUUCACAGUGGCCUGUCUCGGAGUCCCCACCCUUCCUCAUCUAUUCAUUUCCCGCCCUCGUCCUACUUCCCCCACGGAGCAAUCCGCUACCCUCCUCACCUGGCCCAGGACCCCCUGAAAGAUCUGGUCUCAUUGGCCGGCGCCCCUGCCAAUCAAAGCCCCAGCUCGCUGAAUGGCAGCAACCAGGUCAAAGUGCUCAACCACUACAUCUCCUCUCAGAUGUUGGCACCGCCAGGACCAGCGUCCUCCCUGGCCCCUCCCCCGUCCCCCCUCCCCAGGCCUGCAGAGUCAAAGGCCACUCCCACCUCCUCUGAUGGGGGAGCAAACUCGCCCACAUCACCCACAUACUCGGCCCCUGGGACCCCCCCUGCCAAUCGCACCUCCUUCGUUGGAGUCACCCCCCGAGACCCAGGUGGACUCUACCAAGCCCAGUCUUGGUAUCUGGGCAACUGAGCGACCUGUGGAGGAGGGCUGACUGUCAUGGCAGUACUGUGCUGGAGGACAGGAAGCAGUGUGGUCCAGACAUUGCCAGAGGGAAAAUCUAUUCAUCUUUGUAGAAGUGUGCGCAUACAUCUAUAUAAAUAUCCAGUGGGAUAUAUUUCUAUAUUUGUAUGAACCCAGAAGAGACGGUGGACAGAAAGAGCUUUGCUGCAAGACACUAAACGCUUCUUCCAAAUGUCCUCUGACGUGAGCUGUGAUGUUCCAGUGAGCUGAUGAGUCUGGUUGGUCCCGAUGAACUGCAGACCAGAACCAGAACCAGAACCAGACCUCAGCACCCCGUUCCUACGGUAACCCUAGUGUAUUCCCUGGAAUGGAUAUACCUGGGUCUCUACACUACAUCCAGUAAAGGCCUCCUCCCUGGGACAGACACAGACCUCACACCUCUCCCCCCUCCCCCCAACACCCUGAAUGCCCCUCUCCGCUGCAGGUGCUGCUUAUAAUAUAUGCAAAUAAGCCUCCCUUUUUUUCUGAAGCGACUAGAAAGAGAUCCUGUUGUUGAUUUGUACUGUUUCUUUGCACUUUUGAAUGUGUUAUGGAUCGUCUGAAGAAUUCUUUUCUCUCUUCCCACCAAAAAGACAGAGGCUUUGUCUUUUUUUAUUGACAAUCAUCAGCCUGAAACAAUUACGUUGCUUUGCUAAGCUCAUGUUUUUAAGACUGUUUGAUUGUGCUUUUUUAUCCGAAAAACAAUGAGUCAUAGUGGAAUAUAAGAGCUAUAUUCAUGUCCCUCCAACACAACACACAAUGCUACAGCUGGACACCAGGGAAGAGUUGGGACAUCUUUUUAAUAUCCUGCUGCAUCCUUCCCUUCAGAUAGCACUUAUCCAAGCAGCCAGAGGCACCUGUAGCAUGGUGUGUGUGUGUGUGUGUGUGUGUGUGUGUGUGUGUGUGUGUGUGUGUGUGUGUGUGUGUUUGUGUGCGUGUGUGCGUGUGUGUGUGUGUAUGUAUUUGUGUGUGUGUGUGCGUGUGUGUGUCGUCCCUGCUCUGUUCUGAGGAGAUUGUGUUUGGGGGUUUGUACUUGUAUGUAGGUAGACUAGAGAGAGAUUUAGCAGCGUUGCACUAUGAGAAGGUAACGAUGUUACCCAGCUGGCAGGCUGUGGUGUGUCGGCGGUUGCUAUGACAGCAGGUCAUGUGCACGCUGACUUGAACUGAGCACAAAAUCCAGGUUUCUUGUCCAGAAGGCGUCCCUGACCAGUCUGUGGAGUAGCGUUGGUUUCAAGUCCAACCUUGAUGGUUCACCACAAGUCAACGAUUUCAAACCAGUCGGUUGCUUUUCUGCAUCAACCUCGUAUGCGACAGUUCUUUAGUGAGGAAACAAUAUUCUGGCUUUUCACAGCUUCAUUUACUCAAUAAUCUUUUAAAAUACAUUUAAUAGCUUAGACAUGCUGCAUUUUAACUUUUGACAAGGUUAGCAUUUAAUAUGAGUCCCUGUCCGCACGUUCAAAGGAAGGAAGACAGAGCAAGAUGUCUGCGUGCAGUGGUCAAAGAUCUGAAGACAGAAUCAAAUUAUCAAAUGUAUCAUUUAUUCAUACUUCUCUGUGAAAUGCAACAGUAGUAAAACGUGUCCUUGGCCUUUUGCUAUUUCAUACGCCAUCUCUUUGGAGAUGAAAACUCUGAAUAUAAAUUAGAAUUUUAGGAACUCAUACUUUAUAAUGUGUGCCAUAUUUGAAUCUCCAAGCCUUUGCAGCUGUAAAGCAGACUGGUGACAUGUGUUGCCUGGGGAUGUGGAUCGGUGUUUCUGUGUUGAGGUGCAAUCAGAAUGAACGGCAAGCAAAUUUUCACCUCCACGUUAUUCACAUGAAUUUGUUUCUGCAGUCUGAAGACGUUGCUCCGUGAUCCAAACAGCAAUUUACGGCCGUGGUCCCACAGCUGUCUUCCAUCUGGAAAGAUCCAAUGUUUUCUGAGGGUGAAACUAAUAUUUCCAACCGCUGCCGCAGUUAACUUUAUUUGUCACUAAAUACCGGAGCUCCACAAGGGUGUGUGCUUAGCCCACUGCUGUACUCAAUGUACUGUGUACUGCUGGUAGAAGUCUGAGCAGCAGACCUAGUGUACAUCCGGUGAAGCCGAGUGGAGCAGUGCUGCACGGUCAGUGGAGAUAUUGGAUUCAUACACUGUUUUUUAUUGCUCCAGGCAGAAAGCAGACAUCUGUGGGAUCACAAAAAGCAUUUGCAGAUGUAACCUGCUGUAGUAAAAGAUAACUACGGUAGUGACAUUCCGAGUGAAGUGUGAACCCGCUGUAGAGAGCGGCUGUGUGUGUUUGAAAUCAUCUCAUAUUUUCCUCCAGUCCUUUGUCCUUUAAAACGUUGUUUUCCAUUCACACAGAAGCGUCUUUCUGUUGACUGCCGUGUCUAAAGUUCGGUUUGCGUUCGGUCUGAUCACAGGGGUCUUUUCCGUUCCUUUUCCCCGGGUUAGGGUUAGUGUCAGCGUCUGCAAGGCUUCAGAGUUCACACUGAAGGUGCCGAUAGGAGCUGGGCUUUGGUUAAAGUUGGCUUCCAGCUGAUGUACAGUGCAUGGUGCUGCCCUGGUCGCUAUGGCGACCAAAUGAAUGCAUGGCUCAAACUGAUGAUACCUCUCCCUCUCUAUCCUGCUCUCUAUCCUCAGUGGAUUGGAGGGCUGUCUCUUUCUUUAGAUUUGUAUAAUAUCCCUGUUAUUAAACUUCUAUUUUGCACGAUACAUCAUGAAACACAUUAUGUGCCUUGCCUUUAGUUAGACAACAAUAAUACAUUAAGGAAAAGUGGUCACACUUUUCAUGGUACAGCUGGUAGCACUUAAAAAACAGCAACAAAAAAAAGCUGCAUGUGUGAUGGCUCGACAUGAAGCGGUGUAGCAGGUACACAGUGUUGGCUUAAACAGUGCAGUGUAUGAAGCAGAGGCUGGGGGGGGCAUUGCUUAUCCUCUGCUACCAUCACGCUGGACACAGUGGGAGGGGAAAGUCUGUACAUUUGGGGGAAUGACACUUGAGAGUCACAUGGGAGGACACAUUGUGGACCUGUUGUGUACGUAGUCCAGAGCUCUGCACGGAGCUGAGCUAACACAUCCCAACCCUGACCUCCAGGUCAUCAGCUGAUAGGGUAGGUGUGGGGAUUGGCCCACCACAUAGAUACUGUUUCACAUGACCAAGUGAAUCAUCGCCAUGACGACAGAGAGCUCAGAAACCUGGAGUCAAAGUGCUGAGAGACUAAAACUGGAAAUAAGCUGUAGCAGCAGGUCUCGGACGUCCCUCCACUGUAAGCAGCUGAUGUGGCUCAGAUCGGUGUGCGUGUGUGUGUGUGUGUGUGUGACACUGACAGUGGUGAAAUGUUGCGAACCAAACACUAUGGAAGGUCCUCCCAACACAAACCUCAGCUCUGCCUGCGUCCUGUUCUCACAUGAAGUGUUAAAUACACGAUUGACAGUAUUUAUUGCAGGGAAAAGUCUUAUUGUGAAUAUUUUGUCAGGCAUUUAGCCAAAGUGGCCAAGCCACUCAACCCCAUCUAAUGGAGAGAUGUUAAGCAGCUCUGUGAUUGGCCACUGGAACACCGUCCAUAAGAUGACUCUGACCACAUGACCAAUCACGGCACGAGAUACCACAAAGGCCAUAGAUGAGUUUGACUUUUAUAUGGGUGCAUGCACGUAACACUAUUCUUACUCUGCUUGGCAUUCAUGUUAGUCUUUAGUUAUUUCUUGUGUUGUUUUUAUUGUGUUGCUUGUAGUAUUAUAGUUUUAAACACUGCAGUGUGUGUGUAAAAUGUGUACAACAUGGACUUAUCAGUCAUAAAGAAAGGAUGAAUAGAUGUUUGAGAUGCUGGCCAAGUAGCAGAGGAAGACCCGUGAGAUGGGAGGAGUUAAGCUCAGCUGCGUGAGCGAGGACGGACCAUGAAAGGCAAACACUGUUUAUGGAGAGAGACAAUGUUGGAAGUCGGGGUGAAGGGAACUAGAAUGCUUAAUAUCUGACACUGGAUCAGUGAUGGACACUGAACACCGGUCAGUGGAAAGCCAGCAGACCUGGCUGACUCAGGUCCUGGGGCAGCUCUUGGAUGGUAGUGGACCUCUCGUUAGUGAAGAGUGCUUUAGAAAUGAGCACAGGAUACAGAUACAGACACACACCUGAAACUAAAUAAAAUAUGCUCAGUAGUGACGAUCAGAAAGCUCAGAACUCAGAGCUUUGUGUCUACUGAAGAGCUCGAGUCACAGAUACCAGGCCGUUGUUUGAACUCCCUCUUUGAAUCAAAGAUAUGUUGGCGGUAAUAAUGCCCUAAAUGAGACAACUGUGGUGAUCUGUGUCUCCAGCAGCACCAGGUAUGAAGCUGGACUGUCACAUGGUUGUUUCUGCCUGUGAUGCACAACAGGAACCUGAGUGCAGGGCAACUAAAGUCUCUCUAGUUCAAAUUGAAGAUAACAACGAAACCAGCGUAAUACUUUCUUGUAAAUCAGCUGUCUCCCGCAGCACAUCGUAGCACUGCUCCGUAUGCUCUACCUGGAGCCAAGAUCAACAGGGAUGGAACUUGUGAGAUGAUGUACGCUCUAUUUAAGCCGAGUCUGUAGGUUUCCAGGCUGUCAGGAGAGGUUUGCUUGUGUGUUGGGGCAGGUUUAUGAUUUGUGAUUCUUUUUCUCUCUCGCUGACAGUAGAACAUGCACAAAAGAGAGCCAAAACGCGUCCACAGCUGAGUGAAGUGUCUCUUCAUUCCACCCUACAAAAUGUACGAAGUAGAGACAGUCGGUUAUUAUAAAUGAAAUAGCGAGUCCUACAGUAAGCCCAGGUCUCGAUAUCAAACUAGGCCAGAUAAUAACAAUGAUCAGGACAUCUGGAGUCCAACGUGUGCAGAGCUGAGAAUAAUGUGUUCAUCACAUGCAUUCAGCUUCUCACGCGAACAUUGAGCUCUCCACUUUCUAUUCAAAUAUACCAGCAGGUCAGCAACAAACAGAAGCAGUGCCGAUCAUUUGGCUGCUUUGUUCAGUGUCUACUGGGACAUCAUCAGACCUGGCCAGUGGAGAUGGGCUGUGCAGGUUACAAGCCAUAAAACAACCCAAAGAGUGGAAGGAACGUCUAGAGGAAACACUCACAGACUAUAAAUAAUGUUCUUCAUUUAGCUCGGAUUGACAGAUGUGACCUAUUUUCGCCUUGGUGAAAAAAAUAAGGUCACCAAAGACGGGAACUAGGGAACUAAUCAGCAGCGUCAUGCUAACCGAUGAAUAGCUAACAAGUAUCUCCUGAAUCUCUCAGCAUACUGAGCUCACCAGGCUUUCCAAAAAGGAGACGCCUUGAUCACUCCAGGUGCUCCUGCUGCAGUGAAUGGAUGCGUGUCGGCUCAGUGUCACGGCCUGCUGGGACACUUGAAGAACAGAGCCGUUGUUCAUGUUGUUAGUAACAAAGCUUGUGCCGUCAUCGUACUGAGUUGUUACUUGGUCAUCAAUGGCCGUCAAUGAAAGGCCCCAUUAGAUCCUGACUGAAACGCAUCUCUCCCUCUGUUAGUUACUGUUGAACAGCCUUCAGUCAACACUCUUGUUCUCCACCUCCUGACAGGUUCAGCUUUUGGAGAUAUAGUGCGUCCCCCCCCCCCUUGUCAGGAGACCGUUAUUAUAUUCUCCAGGCACAUGUGAUGUUGGCAGUCGAAGCAUUGGACCAGAAAGAUGCUGCGCUGGGGAAAGGGAAAUAGCCGGUGUAUCGGUCCUUUUAUAUCCAAAGCACAUUUUUACCUAUGCUUAAUUCCAUAUAUCACAUUAACUCAUAAACAAUAAUGUGUGCCAAAUAACAACUCAGUAUAACGCACUAUAUAACAUGAGGGACUUGAAUAAGCAAGAUGCAGUGUUUAGUUUAUUUGAGGUAUUCAGGCACAGUUUGCUACGUAAGUAUCUACAGGAACAAAUCAUUACGUACUGCCUCUUUAACAUCUAUUGUCUACUUUACAGUCCUUGAUUUAUUCAGGAGCUAUUGGUUAACUAUGCAUUCAUUAGCACUUAGCAUCAAUCGGUUUACUGUUACUACCUUCUUUGCGUUGCCUCAGUUCGGAGCCAGAGUGUCCCAUUUGGCAGUUGUCAGGAUCCCCAGUGUACCUGAAGUAUGGAUCCACUUGAUGCUAUGUGUUAAACUUGGUCGAAGCUGCUGAGCUGACAUGAUUGGCAGGAUGAAAAGUCACAAAUCCUGCUUACUCUUAUGGAAACAUCCACUGUGGGAAUGGUCUGUUUCUAUUUAAGCGAGUUGGCUGCAUGUUGUUAACGUGUUGGUGUUUAGUUCCCUCUAGAUUUGUCUUCACUCUGCGGUACAAACCUGACCGCUGUCAGCACUGUUAGCAGAGAAUAACCACAUGGUUAGGAUUCAUCAUAUCAGAAUCAGUAGUGUUUUAGGAUUGGGAUUGUCAGGUUAGGGUUAGUAUGGUGAGCAGUUCUAACUGCAUUGGUUCUAACUGCAGGCGAACAGAAGAUCAGAUCUGCAGAAAGGUUCCUAUCUAACAAUUGAGUUUUGGGUUGGGGGCAUUUUUCAUAGAGGGCUCUUUUCUACAAACGACUAAUGCCAUGUCACACUCUACCUUGCUGUUGCCUGAAAACCUUGUAACCUUGUAAUCUUGUUUCUUUUUGCCGUUUCUUACUUGAAAUGUAUUUGUUAGUGGCCCUUCAAAGCCUUUCUGUAGUUCAGACUGGCAGCAGUUGGAAACCUCUGAUCAGAUUUUGUAGAGCUGCAGGUUUUUCCUGUGACGGUGAUGCCAUAUUGAUUCCUUUCUGUAUGUGCGGGUACGUUGCUCCUGCACACCGCAUAAUCCAUGUGCUGAAGACAGUUUGUAACCAACGAAGAGUUGUUUCUCAGAGAACAUUUUUAUGCAGUCUCAUACUUUAAGGAUUUUUCUUCUCAUAACUUUUCAGAUAUUAUAGUAAAGGACUGCUUUGCUUGCUUCCAGAUAUAUAUCCCUUACAUCAGAGAGAGCAUAGGCAUGAACAGCUUCCAUCAGUUAUUGCAUGACUCCAGUCCACACAGGCCACAGUCCUUUUCACUCUCACUGAACGUCAGGACGAUCGGUAAUCAAUGAUAGAUGAUAGGUACCCCAAGGCCCAGGUCAUAAGUCUAUUCUUUUCUAAAUUGGAACAUCUCAGAGUGCAUUAUCACACCAUGGUCCCUUCCCAAAGAACCCAUCAAAGAACCCAUUCUGUACCAGAAGUUUCACAUCUAACUUGACUAACUAACUUGAUAUUAACUUGACAGCCAAUCAGAAGACAAAGCAUGACUUGCUAUGCCAGUACAAGAUAAUAAUAGUUGUCUUUCUUGUGUUCUGACAUUGACCUGGCCGGAGACGCUCACUGUGGAAAGGGCUCUGCUCUGGACUGGAUGUAGUUUGUAGCAGCUUCAACGCCAGCUUUGAGUACUUUUCCUUUGGAUGUUUUUCAGCUGAAGCUAAAUUCAAUAAUCGACCUUUAUUUGCAUGAUGUAAAGUGUUCCUCUAAGACUGCAUUGAGACAGGGACAGGACAGGAUGUCUGAAGCAACACCUGUCUGUCCAGGGUCUGUCUUUCUGUCCCUGUUUGAAUGAGUGACAGCUGUCCGAACCAGUGUUUCUGACCUAAUGUUGUUCUGCUGUGGGGGAUAUUAACAUCUUUGAUAAUAUGUCAUUAUAACCAUAUUUAGCCAUUGCUAUCAGCAAAUGCUGAUGAAUUCAUUACUGGAAAUGAGUAUGUUUCCCUAUGCAAAAAUAUACCAUCAAUAAACAAGCUAUACCACAA